AUGGAAGGCUCAGCACCCGUCGAGCAGCUCGGGAGUCUGUCCAGCUUCGACGCUUCGUUGCAAUCGCACGGCGUAGGUGCAGAUCCAUUGCUGAGUUUGCCUCUGCGCUUCUUCUCGUCUACACUCCAUACAUUGCGAUCGCGGCCGACACUUGCCAAGUUUUGCGACAACAAAGAAGGCUGGGGCCCCGUCUCGCAGCAGCGUGACCUCGACUUCACGCCUUGCUUCCAGGAAGCCGCUUUCUGGGUCGCACCCGUCUUCCUGCUUGCCCUCUUUGGCGGCAUCCAGCUCGCCAUCCUCUCAAGAAAGGAAAAGAGGCCGCUGACACAAGCGUCUCGCACUCUGCUUUGGACCAAGCAUGUCGUAGUUGCUGCUCUUGCUCUUGCUGCCGGCUUCCAAGCCUCUCUCUCGUACGGCCUCUUCGCCAGACCGGGCGAUUCGCUUCACUUCUGGUCCUCGGUCGUUGGUGUUCUGAGCUACGCGCUCGUCUUGCCGCUUCAACAAUUCAAUCACACCCGCACUCGCCGCAGCUCGGACUUGCUGCUCAUCUUCUGGCUCGCGCACCUACUGGCCGGCGUCGUCAAAAUUCGCUCUUCGCUCACUUCGCCCUCGCUGCCUGUCAAGCACCAGCUGAUUACCUUUGUACCUUUGGUUGUGCGUUUCAGCCUCGGUGUCGUUGCUUUUGCUCUCGAAUGCGCUGGUGUUGAGGUCGGUUCCCGGGAUGACAUGGGCCGCAAGCGCACCUCUGUCGCUCAGUCUCACAGCAACGGCAAUGGCCACCAUGUCGUCCCUCCCGCCGACACUAAUGGCAGCUCAUUCAGUGUCUUUACCGAUACCGACGCGGAAGCUAGCCCUGCUGCUAGCAAUGACGUCGCCGAUUCGGGCAAUGAAUGUCCCGUCGCCACUGCCAACAUCUUUAGUCGUGUCACGUUCCACUGGAUGCAGCCGCUCAUGACGCUUGGUGCCAAAAAGUUCGUCACAGAGGACGACAUGUGGGCGCUCCCCGCCAAUGAGGACGCUGAAAAUCUCGGCCGCCGCUUCGACAAGUUCUGGACGCAGACCAAGGACAAGACGACGGGCAAGCCGGCCUUUUGGACCACCUUGGCCUACUCAUACGGUGGCCCUUUCCUGUUUGCCGCUAUCCUCAAGUCGGCUCAGGACACGCUUGCCUUUGUUCAGCCCCAAAUCCUGCGCAAGCUGCUCCAAUUCGUGCAGAGCUACGACAGUGCCGAUGCCAAUCAGAGCGCCAUGCAAGGCUACCUGCUGUCUGCUGCACUCUUUGCCGUCGCCAUCACCCAGACCUCGUUCCUUCACCAGUAUUUCCAGCUCGUCUUCGUCACAGGUAUGCGCGUGCGUGCCGGUCUCGUCAGCGCCAUCUUCAAAAAAAGUCUUCGCUUGUCCAAUGAGGAUCGCGGCGGCAGGGCCACGGGUGACAUUGUCAACCUCAUGUCGGUCGAUGCGACCCGCCUUCAGGAUCUCUGCACCUAUGGUCACAUCGCCUGGUCGGCUCUCUUCCAGAUGACGCUUGCCUUCGUGUCGCUCUACAAUCUGCUCGGCUGGCCCUCAUUUGUGGGCGUCGCCAUCAUGGUUGUCAGUGUCCCGCUGAACACCGCUCUCGCCCGCUACCUGCGUCGACUCAGCGAGAAGCAGAUGAAGGUCAAGGACAAGCGCACGCGUCUCAUGAACGAGAUCCUUACCAACAUCAAGUCCAUCAAACUCUUUGCAUGGGAGGAGGCCUUCACCCGCAAGCUCUUCAAGGUGCGCAACGACGAGGAGCUCAAGCUGUUGCGUACCGUUGGAGUUGUCUCGGCCUUCUUCAACUUCUUCUGGACCGCUAUCCCCUUCUUUGUAUCGCUCGGAACAUUCGUCACAUACGCGUACACCAACCCAGAGCCUUUGACUGCCGAUGUCAUCUUUCCGGCGCUCGCCUUGUACCAGCUGCUGUCGUUCCCCAUCGCCAUGUUUGCCGGUAUCAUCUCAGCUCUCUUGCAAGCUCAGGUUUCAGCUCAGCGUCUGUCGGACUUCUUUGAUGCUGGCGAGCUCGACCCAACGGCGCGCAAAGUCAUUCUGCCUGGUCAGCGCGCACCCGCCAACCCGGAUGCACCCUCGCGCCCGGACAACGUGCUUGAUACGCUCAAUGAUGCCAACAACCCCACUCAUGAGCCGCAGCAGGGUGACGAGGUUGUCAUUAUCCGCGACGGAGAAUUCAAGUGGUCCCGCUCGCAGCCUGUGCCCACGCUACAGGACAUCAACCUCACAGUCAAGAAGGGUGAGCUGCUCGCGGUGCUCGGCAAGGUCGGCGACGGAAAGAGUUCGCUUCUUUCCGCUGUGCUGGGUGAAAUGGUGCGCACUGACGGCGAGACCAUCGUCAAGGGCCGCACCGCCUACUUCACCCAAGGCGGUUGGUGCAUGGGCGCCACGGUGCGCGACAACAUCUUGUUCGGCCUCAAGUACGAGCCCGAGUUCUACCAGAGGGUUAUCGAUGCCUGUGCGCUGACGCCGGAUCUGAACAUUCUGCCCGAAGGCGAUCGCACCGAGGUAGGAGAGCGCGGUGUCAGCCUGUCUGGUGGUCAGCGUGCUCGUAUCGCACUGGCACGCGCCUGUUAUGCCCGCGCCGAUAUUUACUUGCUCGACGACCCGCUCGCGGCUGUCGACGCUCAUGUCGGCGCCCACAUUUUCAAACACGUCAUCGGUCCCGAGGGCUUGCUGCGCAGCAAGGCUCGUAUCCUCACGCUAAACUCGGUCGCCUGCCUUCCCCAGUGCGAUCAGAUUGUGUCGGUGCGUCGCGGUAUCAUCCUGGACGAACGCGGAACAUACGACGAGGUAAUGGCCAGGAAGGGCGAUCUGUUCAACCUCAUUACCGGCCUUGGCAAGCAAAGCGCUCGCGAACAGGCAUCCGAGGAAGAUGCCGAGACGCCGACCAAGGAGCUUGAAGUCGUCGACAUGGACAAAGAGCUCGACAUGCACGGUCAGGGCGGCGAAGAGGGUCUCAAGGGCUCGAAGCUGCAUCGACGCAUCAGCUCGGCUUCGAUGGUGCGCCCCAAGGCCAUGUCCAAGAGGCAGAUUAAGCAGGAUACUAUUCGACAGCUCAAGGAGAGCUCGGCACCCAAGGAAAAGUCGGAGCAGGGCAGCGUCAAGCCGGAAGUGUACCGCCAGUACAUCAAGAGUUGCAGUGUGCUCGGAGUCGUCCUCUACAUCCUUGCCCAGAUCCUGUCCCAAGUGAUGACGGUCUCGCGAGAUGUGGUGCUGAAGCAGUGGGGCAAGGCCAACGAGAACGGUGGCGACGACAGCAGCACACGCUUCUACCUGACGCUGUACGGCAUUGUGGGCAUCUUGGCGUCGAUCUGCAUCUGCAUCGCACCGUUCAUCUUGUGGACGUGGCUCGUAAUUUCGAGUGCCCGCAAGUUCCACGACAACAUGUUUGAGGCAGUGCUUCGCAGCCCGCUCCAGUGGUUCGAGACGACACCGACAGGUCGACUGCUCAACUUGUUCUCGCGCGACGUCAACGUGAUCGACGAGGUGCUGCCGCGUGUCAUCCACGGUCUCAUCCGCACCAUGACGGUGGUGCUCGGUGUCCUGUGUGUAGUGGCCUACUCCGUGCCGCCUUUCCUCAUCGCCAUUGUUCCGCUGGCGUUUGCCUACCGCGCUGUGCUGCGCUACUAUCUGGCCACGAGUCGAGAGCUCAAGCGUCUCGACUCGGUCAGCAAGACACCCAUCUUCACCUGGUUCCAGGAAUCGCUCGGAGGACUGAGCUCGAUCCGUGCUUUCGGCCAGGAGGCGCGCUUUAUCGCUACCUCGGAAGCUCGCGUCGACCGCAACCAGCAAUGUUACUUCCCUGCCGUGUCAUGCAACCGAUGGCUCGCGGUGCGCAUCGAGAUGAUGGGCUCCGUGAUUAUCUUCAUUGCAUCGACCUUGGCCGCGUUCAUCCGCACCAAGAACGGAAAGAUGGAUGCGGGACUGUUGGGAUUGAUGAUGUCGCAGGCGCUCAGCACGACGCAGACGCUCAACUGGGUUGUGCGAUCGGCCUCCGAGGUGGAGCAGAACAUCGUCAGCGUCGAGCGUGUCGUGUCGUACACGGACUUGGUCUCGGAGGCGCCCUACGAGGUUGCUGACCAGGCGCCACCUUCGGACUGGCCCAGCAAGGGAGAGGUGAGCAUGCAGUCGUACUCGACGCGCUACCGACGCGAGCUGGGUCUGGUGCUCAAGAAGCUCAACCUGGACAUAAAGGCGGGCGAGCGCAUCGGCGUGGUGGGGCGAACGGGUGCCGGCAAGUCGAGUCUGACGCUGGCGCUGUUCCGCAUCAUCGAGGCAGCGGAGGGCAAGAUCUUGAUUGAUGGCAUCGAUGUCUCCAAGAUCGGCCUCAAGGACCUCCGCUCUGCGAUCGCCAUCAUUCCGCAAGACCCGCAGCUGUGGGAAGGGACGUUACGCGAGAAUCUCGACCCCACAGGUCGGUCGGACGACGCUGCGCUGUGGAAGGCGCUCGAACAGGCGCGUAUGAACGAGCACGUGCAGAGCCUCGACGGCGCACUCGACGCACAGCUCACCGAGGGCGGGACUAACUUCUCAGCGGGUCAACGUCAGCUCAUCUGCAUCGCGCGUGCGUUUUUGCGCAACGCUAAGAUCCUGGUGCUCGACGAAGCGACGAGUGCUAUUGAUUUGGAAACGGAUGCUCAGGUACAGGCGAUUGUGCGAUCGGAGUUCAAGGGUACCACGAUUACGGUCGCUCACAGGCUCAACACUGUGAUUGACUCGACGAGGGUGUUGGUGUUGAAGGAUGGGGCUGUUGCCGAGUUCGAUUCGCCGGACAUCUUGUUGGCUGAUAAACAGAGCAUCUUCUUUUCGAUGGCGCUCGAGGCUGGACUGGCUAAACUUGACUCGUAG